AUGUCCUCACAUACCCACGGCUCCUCUACCGCCAACCUCGUAGGCGUCCACUAUCGUGUAGGCAAGAAGAUCGGCGAGGGCUCGUUUGAGUACAUAGGCACGAACUUGCUGAACUCGCAGAGUGUUGCUAUCAAAUUCGAACCACGGAAAGCCGAGGCACCACAACUCAGAGAUGAAUGCCGCUCGUAUCGUAUACUCUCUGGCUGCACCGGAAUUCCACAAAUAUACCACUUCGGCCAGGAGGGCCUCCAUAAUAUCCUUGUCAUCGACCUACUCGGGCCAAGUCUCGAAGACCUGUUUGAUAUGUGUGGACGUAAAUUCUCAAUAAAGACCGUAGCUAUGGCCGCACGACAGAUGCUCACCCGCGUACAAACCAUCCACGAGAAGAAUCUGAUUUAUCGCGACAUUAAACCAGACAACUUCCUCAUCGGACGGCCAGGCACCAAGAACGCGAACAUCAUCCAUGUCGUCGACUUUGGGAUGGCUAAGCAAUACCGGGACCCAAAGACGAAGCAGCACAUCCCAUACCGGGAACGGAAGAGUCUUAGUGGGACGGCGCGUUACAUGAGUAUCAACACACAUCUUGGUCGAGAGCAAUCACGGCGAGACGACUUGGAAUCUCUUGGCCAUGUCUUCAUGUACUUUUUGCGUGGUUCAUUACCUUGGCAAGGCCUGAAAGCCGCCACCAACAAGCAGAAGUAUGAGAAAAUUGGGGAGAAGAAACAGACCACACCCAUCAAGGAGCUAUGCGAAGGCUUCCCAGAGGAGUUUGGUAUCUACUUGAAUUAUGUCCGCAAACUUGGUUUUGAAGAGACUCCGGAUUACGACUUCCUGCGCGAACUCUUCGCAAAGGUUAUGAAGAACAACAACGAUGUAGAUGACGGCGUCUACGACUGGAACUUGCUCAAUGGUAAGUGUAUGUUCAUUUGUAUACUGUUGCUCUGA